AUGAGAGAAAUUAUACACAUUUCAACGGGCCAAUGCGGUAACCAAAUUGGUGCGGCCUUCUGGGAGACUAUUUGUGGCGAGCACGGACUCGAUUUUAACGGUAACUAUAACGGAUUAGACGAUAUCCAAAAAGCGCGUUUGAACGUGUAUUUCAACGAAGCAUCGUCGGGGAAAUGGGUGCCCCGGUCUGUAAAUGUGGAUUUGGAGCCAGGCACCAUCGACGCAGUUCGCAACUCGCGGAUCGGCAAUCUUUUUAGACCCGACAACCAUAUUUUUGGACAAUCGUCUGCUGGUAACGUGUGGGCCAAGGGCCACUACACAGAGGGUGCAGAGCUUGUGGACUCUGUGAUGGACGUGGUGCGUCGCGAAGCAGAAGGCUGCGACUCGCUCCAAGGUUUCCAGAUCACACACUCGCUUGGAGGUGGCACCGGGUCCGGUAUGGGCACAUUGCUGAUCUCCAAGAUCCGUGAGGAAUUCCCAGACCGUAUGAUGGCCACGUUCUCGGUUGUGCCCUCCCCCAAGACCUCCGAUACGGUUGUGGAGCCCUACAAUGCCACUCUAUCCGUGCACCAGCUGGUCGAGCAUUCCGACGAGACCUUCUGCAUCGAUAACGAAGCACUUUACGAUAUUUGCCAGAGAACCUUGAAACUGAGCCAGCCUUCUUACAACGACCUAAAUCAUCUGGUAUCGUCUGUGAUGUCUGGUGUCACCACUUCCUUGCGUUACCCAGGCCAGUUGAACUCCGAUUUGAGAAAACUGGCCGUCAACUUGGUCCCAUUCCCCCGCUUGCAUUUCUUUAUGGUCGGCUACGCUCCACUAACCUCUAUUGGGUCCCAAUCCUUCAGAUCUUUGACCGUUCCAGAGCUUACGCAACAAAUGUUCGAUGCCAAGAAUAUGAUGGCUGCUUCGGACCCAAGAAACGGUAGGUACUUGACCGUGGCAGCUUUCUUCAGAGGUAAAGUCUCUGUCAAGGAAGUUGAAGAUGAAAUGCACAAAGUGCAGACUCGUAACUCUUCGUAUUUCGUGGAGUGGAUUCCAAACAACGUGCAGACCGCCGUGUGUUCCGUAGCGCCCAAGGACCUCGACAUGGCCGCUACUUUCAUUGGUAACUCUACAUCGAUUCAAGAGCUGUUCAAGAGAGUUGGGGACCAAUUCGGUGCCAUGUUCAGAAGAAAGGCCUUUUUGCAUUGGUACACCAGUGAAGGUAUGGAGGAAAUUGAAUUUUCCGAAGCUGAGUCUAACAUGAACGACUUGGUCAGCGAAUAUCAACAAUACCAGGAAGCCACGGUAGAAGAUGACGAGGAGCUAGAUUAUGCCGACGAGCAACCUAUGCCCGAGAACUUCGAGUAA